UCUCUAUCUCAACAAAUUUACACACACACACCUACACUUCUACUUCCCCAUUUCCUCAUCCGUUGUCUUCUCUCCUUAUCGUCGAUUGAAUCUAGAAUAUGUGGUAACAAGAAAUAUUGACAGGAAAGUGAAUUCGAAGAAGCAUACAUCCAACAUAGGCGGCGAUUUAUUCUCUUAAUUUAUAUGCAAUCUCUUCUUACCUCAUCAUCGCUUUAGGAAGGAUUUACACACACACACAUACUUUUUGAAAUCGAUUGAGAAGUUGAAGACAUAUCAGGGGACCAAAUUGAUUUUGAAUAUGUCAAGAUUCAACCACCAUCGAUCUCUCAAGAUUCAAACCCGAUGACUCGAUUAAUACCUCCUCUGUAGUGAGGCAUCUGGUUUUUUUUUUGCUCAUGAAGCUUAAAGUGAAAGAUCCGAUAUUCGGGAAGAGAAGAAUGUCAACGGAGAAGAUGCGGGUUUCGCUGGAGGGGUCGUCGGUUGCUAAUUGUGGUGGUAGCGACUUAGGUGAAAGGAAAGUAGGUGAUGGAAAAAGAUUGGUAAUUUUAGGGUUGAUUUGUUAUCGAUUCCAUCAUCAGAAUGGAAUGGUUUGGAGGUGGGUUGAUUUGGGAAUCGAGGUUUGUGUUGAUUGGGAUAUUGUUUCCUCAAAAUCUGUUAACAUAGAAAAAUCGAUGAAAUUGGAGGUGGGUUGAUGUGGGAAUCCUUGAUUUGUUUCUCCAUUAUCAUCUCAAUCAUCGAGUAAAGCGUAGGCGAUGACGAGGGUGAGAAAGAAGAAGAGUGAACGAAAGACUUGGGUAAAUUGUGGAAGGAAGAAGAUGGACACACAAGAAGGUUAGAAAAAGACGGUAAUGAGAGAGAGAGAGAGAGAGAGAGAGAGAGAGAGAGAGAUAUGUGGGUCUAAUUUAGUUAUUGUUUUCUUUUUCAUUUAAAUUAAAUAGAAAAACACACAAAAAAAAAAAAAUACCAUUAAGUCAUUUCAGUUUACUGAUAGACAAAAAACACAACGAAACUAGCCCAAAAUGACCAUUAAACCAAAAAAAUCGAGAUUUUGACUAAACUUCAAAAAAAAUUGCAUCCCAUAGGAACUAUUUUUGCAAUUUUGUCUACAAUUUGAAAUUAUGAAUCACAUAACUUAAAUUCUUAAAUCAUUUUAUUAAGAUAAAAAAUAUUUUUCAUAUGAACACCUAAUAAAUCAUUUUAAUGUUUUAAACAUUUUCACACCACACAUUUGGAUCAACCUCAGCAUGCAUGAAGAGACCUUCCAUGUAUCCAAUGGUCCUUGCAGAAGUUCAACAUCGGGCAUCAGCACACACAUCAAUUAAUUGGCCUCAAGCAUCUAUAGUAAUUAUACCUAUCGUCUCUUUCUCACUACCAUUACCACAAAAAUGGCUUCUGGUUCACCCUCGAAGUACAUGUCAACCUCCAAAGAGUAUCCUCUCCAUCUCCAUGGUUGGCUGCGAAUACACAAAGAUGGCCGAUGUGAAAGAUUCAUCGGAAAUGAUAUCAUUCCGGCUGGAACUGAUCCCAUAACUGGCGUCCAAUCAAAAGACGUCAUUAUUUCACACCAAUCCAAUCUUUUUGUAAGGCUUUACAUUCCCAAAACCAUCGUCGACGACAUCCCUAACCGGAAACUCCCAACUCUGAUCUACUAUCACGGUGGUGGCUUCUUGACUGAAUCCGCCGCUUCUUCCACCUACCACCCCACACUUAACUUGAUCACGGCAGAAUCCAACGUGAUUGCGGUGUCUGUAAACUACAGGUUGGCUCCGGAACAUCAUAUACCAGUUGCAUACGAGGAUUCAUGGGAAGCAAUCAAGUGGGUGGCUACCCAUGUUAAAGGAAAUGGUCCGGAGUCAUGGUUAAACUCCCAUGCUGAUCUUCAGAAUGUGUUCUUCGCUGGAGAUAGCGCAGGAGCCAACAUCGCACAUAACAUGGCUAUCCGGGUCGGGUUGAACCAAGUAAAGGUUAUUAACCUAAAGGGUGUUAUUAUGAUCCACCCUUACUUUGGUGGAAAAGAGCAUAUUGGAGAAGAGUCUAAACAUGAACAACACAAAGCUUUCAUGAAUCAGAUGUGGCUGUUGGCUAAUCCAUUAGGGAUCGGGUUAGAUGACCCGUUGUAUAAUCCGGUCAUGGACCCGUGUAUUUCAGCUUUCGGAUGCUCCAAGAUUCUUUUGUGUGUUGGUGGGAGGGAUAAACUAAGGGGUAGGGCCCUACUCUAUAAGGAGUUGAUGGAGACGUGUGGGUGGAAAGGCUUUAUUGAGUUGAUGGAGAGCAAAGGGGAGGGCCAUGUCUUCUUUUUGUCUAAUACUUCAUGUGAAAAUGCUCGUAUCUUACGUAAAAAGAUUUGUAACUUUAUCAAUUCGAUCAGCAGCAAAAUCUGAAAGUUGUAUAUCUAUUAAUCUAUUAACUAUUAUAAAAUAUUGACAAUGAGAAUUACUAGUAUUCCUUA